CGAAGACGAGUCAGUCGCUCGGCGAACGUGAAGCAAACAACUGUUACACAACAACGGCGCAGUCAGCAAUCGGCAAUCGGCAAGCAGCGCAUUGAACUCUCGAGCAAAUCGAAUCUUUUGGCACAUUAUCAGCAGCCGAAAUGCUGAACCUCUUUUAUCUAUUCGCAUGGCUGUGCUGCAUCUCGUGGGCCAGCGCAAGCGCUCAGCCAGUUAUCAGCUACAUCAGUCCGGAUGUGGUGGCCCGGGUGGGCGACACCGUGGAGUUCAACUGCACCGUGGAGCAUGUGGGACAAAUGACCGUCAGCUGGGCCAAGUCGGAGCCCAACUCGGCCGUGGUGCUCAGCAUGCGCAAUAUGCUCAGCUUGCCGGAUCAGCGUUAUAAUAUCACCGUGCAUGAGAAUCCCGACCAGGAUAGCGCCGUCUACAGCUUCCGCAUACGCCAGAUCGAGGCGAACGAUAAAGGCCCUUACGAGUGCCAGGUGAUCGUCUCCUCCACUGCAAAGGUAACGAAGAAGCUAAAUUUGCUUAUCAAAACGCCGCCCGUUAUCGCUGAGUCAACGCCUAAGAGCACUACGGUGACUGAGGGACAAAAUCUGGAGGUGACCUGUCAUGCCGAUGGCUUUCCCAAGCCCACAAUUUCGUGGGCACGCGAGCAACACGCCUUAUUGCCGGCCGGUGGCCAUGUGCUGAACGAGCCCACACUCAAGAUAAAGGAGGUGAAUCGUAUGGAUCGUGGGGGCUACUUUUGCAUUGCCCAAAACGGAGAGGGUCAACCGGACAAGCGCUUGAUCCGCGUUGAGGUGGAGUUCCGGCCCCAGAUAGCCGUGCACCGGCCCAAGGUGGCGCAGAUGCUGUACCAUACGGCGAACUUGGAGUGCAGCGUUCAGGGCUACCCGGCGCCGACUGUGGUGUGGUUCAAGAAGGGCGUACAGCUGCAGUCUAGCCGGAACUACGAGAUCUCCAACACCGCCUCCUCGUCGGAGACAACCACCUCGGUGCUUCGCAUAGAUAGCGUUUCCGAGGAGGACUACGGCGACUUCUACUGCAAUGCGACCAACAAGCUGGGCCAUGCCGAUGCCCGACUGCAUCUCUUCCAGGUCGUCGUGCCCAUGCCCGCGUCGUAGACCCAUCCGGAGAUUCCCACACACGCACACACACACAAAAGACUUGAAUUGCUACUUUAAUUUUUUCGGCAAUUGUUUGGUAUUAUGUCUUAUAUACGAUAUACACAUGCAUAUAGAGUAUAUAUACGUAAUUGUCUGGCAAGAGCUUCCAGUCGUAUUAUUAAUGAUUCUUUCAAUUAACUCUGAUUCCGUUUGAAUGUUUGUGCCUUGAGAACUCGCUGCCUAUCUGCCUCUCAGGCCUGGGUCGCGCUUCCACAUACAAAUAAACAUAAAUUCAUAAAUAAUA